UCAGAAGCUGCUUCUGAACAUGCUGGACAACCACUGUAUUCACUGCAAUGAGCAGAUUGCCGACGGCGAUGAUCAGCCACUGUCCGCUUAUGAUUUCGUCUAUCUCCCCAUUGAUUUCAUAAACAAAUGCAAUGUGGGUUAUGGGUUUGUGAAUAUGACUUCCCCAGAGGCAACAAUGAGACUGUACAAAGCAUUUCAUAAUCAAAGCUGGGAAGCUUUUAACUCGAGAAAAAUUUGUGAAGUCACCUAUGGUAGAUUACAGGGAAUAGAAGCAUUGAAAGAGCAUUUCAAGAAUUCAAAGUUUCCGGGGGUUGCAGAGUACAUGCCGGUGCUGUUUUCGCCGCCGCGAGAUGGGAUAAGAUUGACGGAGCCAAUGUCAUUAGUCACCGGCGGAAGUUCGAUUAGCAUUGGCAGUCCACUGCCGCUGUUGCUGUCUUCAUCUCCCGCAGCCAAUUCGGAGGAAUCAGAACUGAGUCAUGAACAUAAUAUUGAAUUCAUUGAAGGUAAUGUAGAAGUAAAUGGGAGUGUCAGUCAUGAUUUUGAGGUGGCGCAUCACAGAAGCAACCCAUCGAACGGCGGCGAAAGUGGAGGCUUGGGCUGCUGAUGGAAGAAUGGUUUACAGCUUUCUACAUGGAGUUUGAUCACCAUUAUCGAAGCCUUACUGCUAUUAUCAGGACCUUUCAUUUCUAACCCCACCCCAGGGCCUGCUACUAGCUCUUGUAACUGGCAAAAACAGCUCCCACCGGCCAAUGGCUUUGCAUGUUGAGCUCCGCGCCCAAAGAAGUUGAAGCUUUUGUAUUUGUGUCAUAUGCUAGUUUAGUUAUUAGGUUAAUUAAUUUUAUUUGCAUUACGUUUUAAUGUUUUUUAAUCUAUGUUUUUUGGAGUCAGAUUGUAGUGAAAUAUUUUUGUGAUUUUGGAGAGUGAAAUUACAUUUCUUUUUUUGGUGA